CUCUGCUUCACUUCACACAGUCCAAACAGGGGUUCAUGCAGGACUUAACUGGAGACAGCAGGGAUCACAGCAGCACUGAGAUAAUUAAGGACAAAUUGCACCACCAGCCCUGAAACCCCACAACCUGCAUCCCGCUGGAACCUGCAUCUCCUGCCUGUUUAAUCCCCAUGGAGGUCUACAACUUCAACUCCUCCAUCCUCUACAUCCAUAAGUCGUCAAACAGCAGCGAUGGCGAGGGUGACAUUACCAUGUAUGAGGGAUGCAAGGACAUGCCCGAGGUCCUGAUAUUUUAUCUGAUCCUGCAGUUCAUCAAUAUGUUCCUGGGGUUCCCCGCUAACCUGAUAGUGCUGUGGCUCCUGCACAAGAACAAGGGGGACUCCUCCAGCUCCGAUAUCUUCAUCCUCCACCUGGCCAUACUGGAUACCUUCUUCUGCCUCAUCCCACCCCUGGAACUGGUCAACCAAGUCUUUCUCACCACCAGCAGCAUCUGGUACGUACUGCGCUUCUUCUACGGGGUGAAAGACUCUUCGCCGCUCUUCCUCUCCUGCAUCUGCAUGGACCGCUACAUGGCCGUCCUGCACCCAAUCACCUUCACCGAGCUGAAGGACCGAAACCACCGUGCGGUCUGCGCUGCCGUGCUGUGGCUGGUCACCCUGGUCUAUGCGGCAGCUAAAUGCGUAUGGGGCAGCAUCCCCAACUUCGAGAAGGUCUUUGUCGCCAUGAUCCUGGCAGCUUUUGCCUUCAUGCUCUUCUGCAACGUGGCCAUCCUGAACGCGCUCCGCAAGUCAGGCCCUGGUCGUGAUGAGAUGCACCCCGUCAAGAAGAGGGCUUUCAAGAUGGUGUCCAUCAUCCUGGCCAUCAUCGUCUUCAACUAUUUCCCACCUGUAGCGCUCUUCCCCUUCCAGGACUACUUCUCCCCGGACGAGUUCAUCUGCUUUGUCGACCCUAUAGCAUUUGGCUUCAUGGACAUCAGCAGCAGCAUUCAGCCUGUUCUCUACCUCUCCCGGGAGAUUCCCAGUGUCCUUUGCUGCUGCGCUGAGGUUAAAGGCUCGGGAAGCUCCACCGAUCCACGUUGAACUUUUUGAACAAAAAUAUGGCAUGUAAACUUGCAGUUUUUCCAUUCUCCUCUUAAAUAAAUAAAUAGGAAUCAUGUAUGGAGUCCAGAUAAAGGGACAUUGACUGAAACUGUAAGAGGCAACACUUAUAAAUGUACUGAAAAUCAUCAGUCUAUCAAAUACAAUAGCACUACCUAGAUUUUGACACCUUAUUUGUUAUACCGGUCUUGGAUUUCAGAAAAGAGCAUUGUUCAAAACUUCUCAGGAAAGGGACAUUUAGGGUUCCACUACAAAGCAAAGGAAACCUAUUGUAAUUGCUGAAAUUCCUAUUUCCUAUUUCCUAUAUACUUCACUAUUUUGUUAAAAAUAACUUGGCCAAAUGGUAACCUCUUGUCCGUUUUGGCCCACAGAUAGUACAGGCUAUACAUAACCUGGGCAAAAGAAAUUACAUGAGUUGUUCGUUUGUGGGCACAAUAAUGAGGUCCCAAAGUCAAAUCUUUAGCCCAGCCAUCCCGGGUAUAUUGGUACAAACCUGGUCC